AUGGCAGUGGGAGGAUUCCUGGGAAGCGAACACGUCCAGCUGGGCUUCCCUGAAUCGACUCCAAAUCAGCCAGAACAUCCUGGGGAUGGAGUCUCCAUUCUCCUGGAAGGGGGGGCGCCCUUGGUGACGGGCAGACAAAGAACCAGAUCUCGGUGGUUUGGCAACCGGAGUGUCCCGCCAAGGCAAGAUGUGCUUAAUGGCCUCUAUCUGCUUCUGGACUGCAGAGAACUGCUGGGCAAAGUCCUCGACAGUGUCACCAAAGAGACCAUUACACCAGGGAGCAAGUCAGCCUCCAGCAACCUGAUUCAGGGUGACAUCAUCGUGGCAAUUGAUGGGGUCAGCACAGAGGGGAUGACACACCUGGAGGCCCAAAACAAGAUCAAGUCUGCCAACUUCAAUCUGGCUCUCACCAUGCAAAGUUUGUUUGGUUUGUGGCAGAUUACACCAGGGAGCAAGUCAGCCUCCAGCAACCUGAUUCAGGGUGACAUCAUCGUGGCAAUUGAUGGGGUCAGCACAGAGGGGAUGACACACCUGGAGGCCCAAAACAAGAUCAAGUCUGCCAACUUCAAUCUGGCUCUCACCAUGCAAAGGUCAAAGCGACCCACUCCAGUUCCCAUGACAACACCAAGGAUUGACUCCCCUAUGCCUGUGAUCCCCCAUCAGAAGGUUAUUACCAACAGUCCUGCCAAUAAUGAAUACCUGCCCAGCUUCAACCCAAUAGCUCUGAAGGACACUGCACUCUCCACCAACAAACCCAUUGAAGUUAAGGGGCCUGGAGGCAAGGCCACCAUCAUCCAUGCGCAGUACAACACCCCCAUCAGCAUGUACUCCCAGGAUGCUAUUAUGGAUGCCAUUGCUGGCCAGUCCCAGGCCAGGGGUAGCGAGCUGUCUGGCAAUGAAACUGACUCUCCGCUAUCUAAUCUGCCAGUUAAAGACCGUGUUAUAGACAGUGCUUCCCCAGUGUAUCAGGCCGUCAUCCCCAGUGAAACUGAUAAACUAGAGCCGGCUGAUUGGGCCAAAAGAGCCGCCCAGCUGCAGUCCAAGUCCUUCCGUGUCCUCGCCCACAUUACUGGAACUGAAUACAUGCAAGACCCUGAUGAGGAAGCUCUAAGAAGAUCAAGCUUCAACUUGCAGACCUCUAUGGGUUACACUUCCCAGUACAAAACCUCCAUCUCCAGUUCUUACACCCAGCCUCCACCUAUGCAGCAGCCGCCACCACCCAUGCAGCACAGCUCCAUCCAGAUCCCUCUAGGUCCACCUCCAUCUAAAGUGGUCAGCACUGCCACCAUUGUGCCCGCAGCCUACCUAACUGCCCCAGCUCCUCCAAUGGUUCACAAACCUGCUCCUCCUCCACCUGCUCCUGCCGCAGCUCCAGCGUCUUCUUCCAACAGGCCUCCUUGGGUUACUGAUGAGAACUUUGCCGAGAAAUUUGACCCUAGCAAACCCACCACCACCAAAAAUAUCAGAGUGAACCCUCUUCCCCAGGCGGCCCCACCACCACCAGCCUACAUCCCCAACCACGUCCCUGCUGCCGCUCCUGCUGCACCCAGCCCUGCAUUCAACCCCGCCCCUCCUCCAUUCAACCCUGCCCCCUUCCCACCUGUGGCUCGUGGAGUUGCUCAAAGGGCAGAGCGUUUUGCAGCCAGCAACAGAACACCUCUGUGUGGAGCCUGCAAUAGCAUCAUCAGGGGACCAUUCCUGGUGGCAUUGGGUCGUUCCUGGCAUCCAGAGGAGUUCAAUUGCCAUUAUUGCCACACGUCCCUGGCUGAUGUCAGCUUUGUGGAGGAGCAGAAUAAUGUUUACUGUGAAAACUGCUAUGGCGAGUUCUUUGCACCUACCUGUGCUCGCUGCAACACCAAGAUCAUGGGAGAAGUGAUGCAUGCACUGCGGCAGACCUGGCACACCACUUGCUUUGUGUGUGCAGCUUGUGGAAAGCCCUUUGGAAACAGCCUCUUUCAUAUGGAGGAUGGUGAGCCAUAUUGUGAGAAAGAUUAUAUUGCACUCUUCAGCACAAAGUGCCAUGGCUGUGACUUCCCAGUUGAGGCAGGAGACAAAUUUAUUGAAGCUCUUGGUCACACAUGGCAUGAUACCUGCUUUGUUUGUGCGGUGUGCAAUGUGAACCUGGAAGGACAGGCUUUCUACUCCAAGAAGGACAAGCCCUUAUGCAAGAAGCAUGCACAUGCCAUCAAUGUGUAGAUGCUUCAACAUUGCAUCAUAAGCUGUCAGUGAAGGAAUUAAAUGCAAUUAAUGUAACAUUUGCAUGUGUGGUUUUACGCCAAUCCAUCAGUGCCAAUCCAAAUGACACAAAAACUAAUGUAAAAGAUAUACAGUAUAUCGUUUAUUAAACAGCAUAUUAGUAAGCAAAUGACUGAAUGAUACAUAAACUAGGCUUUUUGACCUUUUUAAUCCAAAUCCAAUGUGCACAUAUAAUUUAAGGUAAUUUUUUGUCUUUAUUAUAACCCUAAUACAUUUACAUACAUGCACUUGUUUGUCUGAUAUACAUUAAUUUAAGAGAUAUAACAUUUUCACAUUUUUGGGGGUUUGGUGAAUUUAUGCAACAUACAAUUUUUGUGAUAUUAGUGACUACAACCUUAAUUUUAAAGAUAUUAAUAUUCUACAUGAAUGUUGAAGAUUGCCUGCAGAUGUAGUUGCUCUUGACAUAGUCUGUCAUGUCUUGAAUCAUUCAUAAACCAGAAACAGCCUGAAAAUGUCUAUGCAUGUUAUUAUGCCUUAAACUCUAAAGUAAAUUGAAAUGUGUUUUUAUUCCAUUACUAUUUGUUUUCCUGAACAGUAAUGAGGCCUAUAGAUCCCUGACUUGAAUAUCAGUCACAAAAGGUUGUUAAAUAGAUUGAGACUGGAUGUUGUUGUGCAGUCUUUUCAAUACUGAAUGAGUGUUUUAUGUGUUACUAAUCUUGUUUAUUUGUGCUUUUAGUGUGUGUGAAAGCAAGUGAGCUAACUCAUGCGUAUGUGAUGUCAACAUUAGCAUUAUGUGUCAUUCUGUUUUUAUCGACUUAUUUUAAGAAUAUAAGCAGGGCAUCUGAAAAGGUAACAGAAUUUAUUU